GGAGCUCUGGGGAGACGCAAAGUUUGCGUCUGGAGCGGUAGUGGGAAGUGGGCUCACCGAGGAGGGGUUUUUCUCGCGGCGAGAGCCGUUCUCCCACCUUCACUGUGGAUGUACACGCAGCUUUAACCCCUGCAGCCUUCGGCCCGAUCCCUCGACUGCCUGUCUCCCCCGGGGAUUCUCAGGUCUCCGAGCACCCGGGACGGGACCCCUGGGCCGUUCUCUCCCGCGGGGGAGCGGACGUUUCCUUCCUCAGUGCACAAGCUACACGCACACGCGCGCGCACACGCACUCACGCGCGGAGCCGGAUCGCCCUCCGCGGCGCCGCAGCCAGCGCCCGCCUGCGCUCAGCAUCCCCGGCCCCGCGCGCCUCGGACCACCAUGGAGGUGCUGGAGAGCGGGGAGCAGAGCGCCCUGCAGUGGGACCGCAAGCUGAGCGAGCUGUCAGAGCCGGGGGACCCCGAGGCUCUCACGUACCCCACGCACUUCUCAGAACUCCUGGAUGAGUUUUCCCAGAACGUCUUGGGUCAGCUGCUGAACGACCCUUUCCUGUCAGAGAAGAGUGUGUCCAUGGAGGUGGAGCCAUCCCCCACAUCCCCAGCCCCUCUCAUCCAGGCCGAGCACAGCUAUUCUCUGAGCGAGGAGCCGCGGGCCCAGUCACCGUUCACCCACGUUACCAACAGUGACAGCUUCAAUGAUGAUGAAGUGGAGAAUGAGAAAUGGUACCUGUCUACCGAAUUUCCUUCAACCACCAUCAAGACCGAGCCGAUUACGGAGGAGUCACCCCCAGGACUUGUUCCCUCUGUCACUCUGACCAUCACAGCCAUCUCCACCCCGUUUGAAAAGGAGGAACCUCCUCUGGAAAUGAAUACUGGGGUUGAUUCCUCGUGCCAGACAGUCAUCCCUAAGAUUAAGCUGGAGCCUCACGAAGUGGAUCAGUUCCUAAACUUCUCUCCCAAAGAAGCCUCCGUGGACCACCUGCACCUGCCGCCCACCCCUCCCAGCAGCCACAGCAGUGACUCAGAGGGCAGCCUGAGCCCCAACCCGCGCCUGCACCCCUUCGGCCUGCCUCAGACCCACAGCCCAGCCAGAGCGGUGCCGCGGGCCCCCUCGGCCCUCUCCAGUUCCCCGCUUCUCACGGCACCUCAUAAACUGCAGGGCUCAGGCCCACUGGUCCUGACAGAGGAGGAGAAGAGGACACUGGUUGCCGAGGGCUAUCCCAUCCCCACCAAGCUGCCCCUGACAAAAUCAGAGGAGAAGGCCCUGAAGAAAAUCCGGAGGAAAAUCAAGAACAAGAUUUCUGCACAGGAGAGUAGGAGAAAGAAGAAGGAGUACAUGGACAGCCUGGAGAAAAAGGUGGAGUCUUGUUCAACAGAGAAUUUGGAGCUUCGUAAGAAGGUCGAGGUUCUGGAAAACACCAACAGGGCUCUCCUCCAGCAGCUGCAGAAGCUGCAGACUCUGGUGAUGGGCAAGGUUUCUCGCACCUGCAAGUUGGCCGGCACGCAGACGGGCACCUGCCUCAUGGUGGUUGUGCUCUGCUUUGCCGUAGCGUUCGGCAGCUUCUUCCAGGGCUAUGGGCCCUAUCCUUCCGCCACCAAGAUGGCCCUGCCCAGCCAGCAUUCCAUGCCGGAGCCGUACACAGCCUCCGUGGUGAGAUCCAGGAACCUGCUCAUCUACGAGGAGCAUUCUCCCUUGGAGGAGCCGUCCAGCCCUGCCUCGGCCGGGGAGCUUGGCCGCUGGGACAGAGGCUCCUCCCUGCUCAGGGCGUCGGGGCUGGAGUCCAGGCCGGACGUGGAUCUUCCCCAUUUCAUUAUCUCGAAUGAGAGCAGCCUGGAGAAGUCAGUGCUGUGGGAGCUCCAGCAGCACCUGGCCGGUGCCAAACUGGAGGGGAACGAAACACUAAAAGUUGUCGAACUCGACAGGAGAGUGAACGCCACCUUCUGAGAGGUGGUCUCCACCGCCCUCUUUCUCUUGGCUCUGCUUUUACUUCCCCAAACCACCUUUGUUAUAAGCUUUUCCCUUUUCCCACCCAACACGGAUGAAGACAUGGACGAGCAGUGGAACAGUCUUGGCUUUGGCUGGGAGGACAGCCUGCGAUUUCCACCUGCGGUGAGAGCCCUCCCCCUGCAGCCCCCAGGCCCUCCCUGCAAAGGGAGCCCGAUCUCUCCCUCCCUUUCGCUUCCUGCCUUAGGAAAUUACGUUAGGGUCAGGCGCGGGACAAGUGGGUUUGUUUCUACCGAUCGGGCUGCAAAUCUACAGCCUGGCUCUCACCUGGGGGUGUGACCACCUCUUUGAAGAAGAUGACUCUUAUUCAUUGGAGACCCCACGCUCUGGCCAUAAAGAGCCCAGGAUGCCUGUUGGGAUCUGGCGAAGCAGUGACUGAUGUCCCGCCUCCCUCAGCCUGGUCUCCGGUGUGUCCACCCCGUCAGCCCUGGAAGUGCCAGUGUGUCCAGUGAGCGCCCUGCCACUCUGCUCUGUCCAAGCCCUCCAGCCCUUGCCUGUGGUCCUCGCUCUGGACCAGGGCCCCUCACAUUCUCAGGCCGCAAGUGCAAUGCCUGAAGGAAUCAGGCUUCUCUACUCCAGGCGAACCUGCCCGUCUUGUUGCUUGUAGGACUUCUCCAUGACCUGUGUUCCCUCACCCAUAGACCCGCCUCCUGGCUUCUCCUCCCCAUGUGUAAAUAGUAUUUAUUAGCUUGCGAGGCUUCCCGCCAGCAACCGCUGAAGAGAUCCUCCCGCCAAGCCUGCCAGGUCUUGGGUUGGACUUGGGCGCUAGGAGGGCAGCCUAGGCUCUGGGAUUCCCAGUCCUCCAGGCCCUGUUUCAUUUCCUUUUCUUCUCUGUGUUCCUGGAGGCCUAUCACUGUCGGUGGGAAAUCCUUGUAAGCAUGUUCUCCCUAAGAAUGAACUCCGAGGAAAGAUGGCUUAAGCUUGUGAUCUGUGGCCAGGCGCGUUGUUGUCCUGUGCCCAGAACAGAGCGGGAAGGCCUGUCCCGACAACAGGCGUGUCGGACAACCUUGCUAGCAUGUCUCUCCACACCUGCUCCUGGCCCUCCUCCGCAGCUCCCCCUACCCCCACUCUUACCCCCCUCUUCUGCCUCAACACAGGGGUUGGGCCUGAGGUCUGCCCCUGGGGUCGGAGCAGGUGACAUUGUUAUCUACAGUCUUACCUUUAUAGUCAGGUUUGGCUACUCUGCAGCUCACCCAAAGAGACGUCACCCCCACAACCUACUUUAUUAUUAUUUUUUUAAUGAUUAAAGUAACUUUUGUAGUUUUAAAAAAAUCUCUCCUCUUUCAUACAGAUAAGACAUGAAGUUGCCUUUUUAUUGUAUAAUGUAGACAGUUUGCCUUAAGUGUUUUCCCCUAGCUUGUAAAGGAAUUAGCUUACAUUUUGUAUUUUUUAGUAGAAGCUGAAGGGCCUUUAGCUUUAACUCCUCUCUCUCUCUCUCUCUCUCUCUCUCUCUCUCUCUCUCUCUCUCUCUUCCACAUUGUCAUUGGAACCUGUACUUAAGAGGAUCAAGCCCACAGCAGGGCCUUUUCCCUAUCCAGCACAGGAUUUGGUGUCAUUAACAUUGGCCAUCAUAUCUCAUAAGCAGAUCUGUUUGUCUGUCCAGGUACAUCUGGGGCUCACUGUCAGGGACUCCUGUGUGUCCCUACUGUGAUGGAGAGUGUUCCAGACCAGGAGAUGGCCAAGUUCAUCUUCUCCGCAGUGUGUGAACGCGGGGUCAGGACUGCAGUGGUCCUGGUGGCCCUGCCGGCCCUUCGCACAGUUCUCGCUGCCCUUUACACUGGCCAGGGAGGGCUGGGACCCUCUGGGCUGUGCCUCCGGCUCCAGCUUCUCUCUACUCCCUUCUCUUUUUUCCUUCUGCUCUGGAUCCUCCGGGCCUGGCUGGUGUCUGGUAACCGUGGCCCACCACCUACCCAUCCCUCUCUGUAAAAUGUUGUGUAAUGAUCAGGCAUAGGCAGCCUGGGGGGGCCCAAGAAGGGAAAAAGGAUUAACUCAAAUAGUAUUUGGAUGAUGCGAAAGGAAAGGUUCAUAGUUAAGGGCAGAAGUGUGAGAAUGGCUCAGCCUACCCACCUGUUGCACCAGCACCAAAUGGGGUUUUUAAGGCUCCUAAACCAGCCAGCAUGGGGCACCUGCUUGUGUGAGUGAGGAGGGCGAGGGGAAGGGGCAGCACACUGGGAGCCUGUCCUCAGAGCCUCGAGGAUUUCAUUCUCUCCCUUGCCCACUCCCCCUUGACAUCACUCUCUCCAGUGCAUAGGUCAUGUGUCAUAGAGAUGUAACUUGAAACCUAUGUGAUCAGAUUAACCAAUGUCACCCCAAUAAAUUUAAUAAAAAUAAAUGCAAACAAAUGGCUACACCCUCUGCCCAAACCUCUGUCCAGCAGGGCAUUCUCUCUGAGAAACCAUUCUUCCGAUGAGAAUCUGUCACUAGAGACGGGGGACAUCAGCUGAGAGAUCAAAUGGCCACUUUAAGGGGUUCCCAGAACUAAUAUUGCAGUUGUGUUGAAAAACCUCUGCCCUCCACUCCCUGCUUUGGGGAGUAAAGGAGAUGAACCACGCUUUUAGGAGGAUGUAAGGGGGUCAGGAGACAAGAAGAGUUGGAUAGUAGUACAUGGGUCCUAGAUAAUUCAUGGAUGUGCGCACAUUUCUGUCCCGGGGUAAGCCCCGUUGUUUCCCCCACAGAGUGGUCCGCAGACUGGUCAGCCCUGGUGAGCCCUGGCGAUUUCAAAUAGUGGCAAGUGCUGGCUUCCGAAUUUCAGUUUUGGAAAACACGACACUCUUAGUGCAGCCAUAAAGCACAGAGUAAAUACCUUGCUGUACAGAUGUUAAUUCUAUUUCUCAUCAUGCAAGCAGCUUUCCCGCUUCCCUUUCUUUGAUUCCCCCAUUGAAGGAGAUUGUUACAGACGAUCAGAGAACAAGUCCCAGUUUCCUGGAUGAGACCCCAGUGACCCACACUCCCCAGCGUGGUUCUCGACUUGGCACUCAGAAACGGAUACCGACAAUGAAAGGCCUCGGUGCUGGUUUUGGGAAGGAAUCCCCAUGAAGUGUUGGGACCCGGGGCCUCAUGCACAUGCAGUGCACGUCUCACAACUGAACUGCGUUGUUCCUUCAGGGCAUCAGGUGAAGUGAGGUUCGACCCCGGUGCAGGCACAAUGAGAUGACCCGUUGGUUUAUACCAGUGGCUUUGAUUUGGAGACUUGAUUUGUGGAUUGUAAAAGCAGCUUUUACAUCAAGUUAUUUACCAGCCAAGUAUAAAUACCACAUUUUUAAAUUCCUAAAUCUCUCAGUGUAGCCUGGAUGCCAAAAGAGGGCUGUUAAUCUCAUGUGCCCGUGGAAUAGGAGUAUUGAUUGGUUCGUCUCUAUUGAGGCAGUGAGUCGGAAUCCAGAAUUUUCCCCCCCAAGUGUUUUGUGAUGAACUGUCAGCACUUCAUGGCUCCUUCCUCCCAUGUCCUCAGACCGAGCAAAACCAUAAAGACCGGACCCGCCUCUCAGGGCCCGCUCCUCUGAACACACCUGUCCCGUGAGCGUGCAUUUGAGCCCGCUGCACAAAGAGACACCCUGAGAGGAGAUGGACCGUCCACGCUGGCCUUGCCGACAUGGGGAGGCUGGAGAUGGGGAGGCCUCCCCUGUCUGCCAGAGGCACUCACUUGGUUCUGUUGAGCCCAGUCUUUGAGAAUCUCUAUUAGACACCAGCAUGCCUGCUUGCAGGGCCUGCAGACAGUGGGACCGUUAGCAGGUGGUGCCCCAGUGACAGGCAUUUUAUUUGAAUGCUUUUCAGUGGAGACAAUUAGGAAACAUAUGAUAGGAUUCCCCCCCCCCCCCCGCACCCCCGCCUGCUGCUCACGAGGGCAGUAUAGGAGAGAGCAGGGGGCUGUGAAAUGAGGGCAGUGAAGGAGCCAGAGACAGAUUUUUCAUUCAUUCAUUCAUUCAUUCAUUCAUUCAUUCAUCAUUCCUUCCCUCCUGAGGAACAGAGCUGCAUGAGGCCCUGGGGAGUGAGGGAGGCUAGGAAAGAUCAUUAAUCAGUACCUAUUCAAACACACAAGUGCUAGAAUUCUCUCUCUCUCUCUCUCUCUCUCAUUCCUUCCUUGUCUUAAUACACUUGAUUGUGCCUUACAUGUGCCUUAUAGAUGAGCCCAGGAUUCCUGAGGGCUCUCAUCCUUGGGAGACUUUAUUUAUAGCCUUGUAGUGUUAGAUUGAAGUGUGUGGGGGGAGAAAUAACUUUUUCUAAAGGCUCAAAAAUGGUUUCCUAAAAGUGAGCAAUAAUAAGAUUUGUACAUCAGGAGAAAAGAGGCAGAGUUAUGUCCAUUAGAAAAUCCCAUUUUGUAGAGGUGCAAUUAUAUCUAAAAAUGGCCAGCUGGGAUUAAAGGUAUUAUAAAUCCACAGAGCAGGACAUUUUCUCGAUGCGAAGGAACCUGGCCCAUUUGGGGAUUAAUGCACGAUGCCUCCGAGGCCAGAGGGUCGGCACUGAGCGCAGGCAGAAUCCACGUGUUGUCUCCUUUGGUCAUUUUGGGCGGCCUAGACUUCAGGAAUGCUUUCUUUUCUCUUGGAUUCGAGAAGGAAGGGAAAAAAUAUUUCUUGAGCACUUAUUAAGUGCUGGGUGCUAUGCUAAAUAAGCUUUAAGUCUUUUCAUUUUAUAGACAGAGAAACCAAGGGCAACUGCUUACUCUGAGCUGGAUAAACAGCUGAGGGGUAUUGGAAAUGCAACAGUAUGAGCAGAUUCCGUGGUGUGAACACACUGUAAACGUGCAAGUUCUCUGGGCAGGACGCACAGCGCUGCUCGCUGCACGGGCCCGCUGAGCAAGUCCAGUUCCUUGCCUCAUGCUGGCGCUGCCCUCCAGGUGGUCCUCGCCUGUUCUUUUCAUCCAAUCUUCUGCGAGUUCCAGCGCACGAGCUUGACAUCCUAAAAACAAAUAAAACGGGUUUCUCUGCUCCUGUCCUUUGUUCAUCAGCUGGGAGAGAACAUGAACUUUGAGCACCAUGGACCUACAAUGCUUAGAGAAUAUCUCUUUCAGGUAAAACGCUUUAUGAGUCUGUGGAAGACACCAGCAUUCUGACAAAUUGUGAGUGACCCUUUUUAAACAACACUGAGCAGACCCUGAACUGUAUAGCUUUAAUGUCUGUACUGACAGCUGGGCUUGCCUCUCGUUUGUAACAGGUUGUGUAGACCAGCGGUGUUUAAGUCUAAAGACAUUGCAAGUCUAUUAUCUGUUGUAUCGUGCUGUUCUUUUCAAUGACUUUUUAUUCUUUAUCAUAGCUAAGCAAAUACCAAAAAUAUAAAUGCUUUGUAACUUGUACUUAGUUUGGGGGGAAAAAAACACGAAUUGAAAUUGUUAUGCUUUUGUAUUUCCAUUUCUUGCAAAUAAAAAUAUUUUUUUUUCUUAAA